AUGGAUCUAAGAGGUAUAAGUGUGAAGGUGAAGCGGGUGAAGGAAGAAAGGGAGCAUUCCGACCCAUGGCAUCCGACAGAGCUCGGCCACAAGUCCGACGGCCAGACCAUCGAGUGGCUCCUCCGCCAGGCCGUGCCCUCAAUCAUCGCUGCCACCGGAAUCGGAACCACUCCCGCCAGCUUCUCCUCCAUUUCCGUCUCCGUACGCGGCGGUGCUGGCUCUCUCUCUUCUCCUUCCUCAACCUCCGCAGCGUCUUCGCUCGACCACAAGCCCUUGCUCGCUCCCACUCCCUUCAUACUCGGCAAGCGCAUACGCACCGACGACGACGCUUCCGCCAAGGACGACGGGGUCUCCGUGGGACCCGCCGUGGGGUCUUCAGAGAAAUUUGCAUCAAUGAUUGCUGAUGCAGGGUUCCAGAAAGUAGAGUAUGAGAAUCUAGUAGGGGGAGUGGUUGCCGUCCAUUCAGGGGUCAAAAUCUGA